CAUGUUCGCCCCGCUUUGCGGACCGGACGGCAGAGGAGCGGGAAAUCGAAGCGGCGACCACCGAAAUAACCAAAGCUCACUCAUUCCCCCCUUCCACUCAGAAAACUCAGUUUGAAAUCCUCGCGGCCAAAAACGUGCAACGAGGCCUAGCCGCGAGGGUCCAAGAACUCAGCUCAACGUUCCGCAAGAAACAGCGUGUCUAUAUGGAACGUCUACAAGGGCACGCGAUUAAGAAUCAAGAUCUCCUGAUUGCGUCUGGGACUAUUUCUUCAAGAGGAUCCGAGGGCUUGACUGCUGUUGACGAAGACGUAGAAGCUGCGCAAGCUCAGAUUCUAGAUAACAUACAAGAUCAGAUCACGAUCUCCGUGUCCGCGACCGGGAGUUGA